AAUGCAAGAGUAUUAUAAAUCCUUGCAUAAUCUGAGAAAAAUAUACACAACCAUUAUCGGAGUAUUUAAAAGCUUUCUUCUAUUCUCUUUAAUGAACGUAGAGUCGUAGACCUAACUGUCAUUCUGUAUUCCUGUUCUUAGUUUCCCGCUCUCUUUCGGUUUCCCACUUUCCCAUUAAAGUGCACUCCACGCUCUCCAUUGAGGCGACUUCUAAAAUCUCUAUCCUCCAUUGAAGCAGCUUCUGAGUUAGUGACUUUUGAGUUAAUUUCUCUUAUCGGGUCAUCCCAUGAUCUUCAAUAUGAAGCUUUGGGUUGCCAGUGAUGUUUGGGCUUACUCCAAAUUCUGGUGCCUUGCUUAAGAUGUCACGUGAAGAGUAUUUCAACUUUUCAAGCCUGGCUUUCAAUGUAUUCCCGUCUCUCUUCUCCCACCUCCCAGAGUUCCAGACUCCCAGUACACGGCCUCCUCUCUCUCUCUCCUCCAUUGAAGCGUACUCGAAAUUCUCCAUUGAAGGGGCUUCUGAGCUUUCUCUCCUCCACGGCUCCACUGAAGUAGUCUCAAAGGGUUUGGUUUGUGGAGCGCACUCGAAAUUCUCCAUUGAAGCGGCUUCUGAGUUCUGACUUUCUGAGCUUUCUCUCCUCGACUCCUCCAUUGAAGGCUUUGAAGCAGUCUUUAAGAAGUUUUGGUCCUAGAGGAACUGUUCUUAUCAAAAAGAUCCAAGAAGAGGACUUGCAAUGGAGAAAUUCUCACCCUUGUUAGCCUAAGAGGGUUUCCUUUUCUCAUUAGAUCCUGAGGGAGCAAGAAAAUUUCUGGAAUAUGGCGUUGUUUCUAAUAUUAAUUGAAGGUCCGGGGAUUUAACUCCUUGACCACUCUCAAGGUUGUGCAACCAAGCAGCCAAAUUCAGUUGCUUAUGACUGGGGUUUCUCUGCACUUUGCUGCUAGACAUGAAGAACAACUAUAGCUAUAGGUUGUGCAACCAAGUAGCUAAAUUUGUCUUCAAUGGCGGCGACAAUGUAUUUGCAGAAUCUCUUGCAAUAUUGUGCAAGAAACUGUUUAAUUGUUGAAGGAAAAGCUUGCCAUGCUCAAAUCAUUCGAGCUGGUUUAGGGGUUGAUACUUUGACAUCAAAUAUGCUGAUCAAUAUGUACUGCAAAUGCGGCCUUCUUCACCCUGCUCGUCAAGUGUUCGAUAAAAUGCCUGAAAGAAGUUUGGUUUCUUGGAACACUAUGAUUGGGGCACAUACCCAGAAUGGAAGGGCAGAUGAUGCUUUAUCCCUCUUUGUACGGAUGCAAAGAGAGGAAUCCCCUUUGAGUGAGUUUACUGUCUCCAGUGUGCUUUGUGCUUGUGCAGCGAAAUCUGCCAUUUUUGAGUGCAGACAACUGCAUGCUUUUGCUGUUAAGAAGGGGAUAGAGUCUAAUGUGUAUGUUGGGACUGCUUUGAUUGAUGUUUACUCGAAAUGUAAUUUUAUGGGGGAGGCCUCGUGGGUUUUCGAGAGCUUAGAGGAGAAGAGCGAUGUGACAUGGAGCUCAAUGGUGGCAGGUUAUGUUCGAAAUGAGCUCUAUGAAGAGGCUUUGAGGUUGUAUCAUAGAGGUCAAGCUGUUGGGUUAGAGCAAAACCAGUUUACCCUUUCUUCUGUUUUUUCUGCUUGUACAGGGUUAGGUGCUUUGACUGAAGGGAACCAAGUGAAUGCCACUUUGUUUAAGUCCGGUUUUGGUGCAAGCGUUUUCGUGGCUUCCUCUCUUGUAGAUAUGUACGCAAAAUGUGGAGCCAUUAAAGAAGCUUAUACUGUAUUUUCUGAUCAAUAUAGCAAGAAUGUUGUUUCAUGGAAUGCAAUGAUUUCAGGUUUCUCUAGGCAUGGUCGGUGCUUGGAAGCGAUGAUUCUUUUUGAGAAGAUGCAGCAGACAGGUUUGUACCCGAAUGAAGUGACUUAUCUCUCAGUUCUAUCUGCGUGUGGCCAUAUGGGGCUAGUUAAAGAAGGGCAGAAAUACUUUGAUCUUAUGGUGAGGGAACACAACAUAUCACAAAGUGUUCUCCAUUAUUCUUGCUUGGUGGACAUCUUCGGUCGUGCUGGAUAUAUUCAAGAUGCAUAUGAUGUGAUUAAAGCUAUGCCAUUUGAAGCAACUGCAUCUAUGUGGGGUUCCCUGUUGGCAUCUUGUAGAAAUUUCAAGAAUCUUGAGCUGGCCGAGAUCGCAGCUAAGCAUUUGUUUGAGCUUGAACCCACCAAUGCUGGGAAUCAUGUAUUGCUUUCUAACAUAUAUGCAGCAAACAAGAACUGGGAAAAAGUUGCUAAAUCGCGGCAGCUGCUUAAGGAGAGUGAAGCUGUUAAGGAUCUAGGUAAAAGUUGGAUCGAGAUUAAAGGUAAGGUCCAUAGUUUUAUGGUUGGAGAACGAGAACAUCCUCAGAUUGCUGAGAUUUAUUUAAAGUUGGACAAAUUGAUGGAGGAGAUGGAGAAGUUGGGUUAUAAAGUUGAGAUGGCGCAUGACCAUCAUGAUGUGGAUGAUAGCAAUAAAGAGAUGUUGCUGAGACAUCAUAGUGAAAAGCUUGCAUUCACUUUUGGGGUCAUCAGUCAGCCCCCUGGUGCACCUAUCAGGAUCAUGAAGAACUUGAGAAUUUGCGGUGAUUGUCAUAAUUUUAUGAGGUUUGCGUCGAUCAUUACAAAAAGGGAGAUCAUAGUCAGGGACUUGAACCGAUUUCACCAUUUUAGUAACGGUUGUUGUUCCUGUGGAGAUUUUUGGUGACUGAUCAUGCUGCUUGCUACAUGCCAUUCUGAUUGUAUUUUUUUGCUACAGAUGUGCAACCAAAAACUUGUUACAGAAUUGCAGAAUGCAAAAGAGGAUAUCAUACUUUGAUCCUACGUUACAAGUAUCAUUAGAGUAUGUUUUUGCUUCUGUGCUAGCUGUAUACUGAUGCUAAUAUUGACUUCUUGAUGGAAAUACAGGUUAAUUCAGAUAUCUGACCUUGGUUGAGUUGGUUCUGCUUUCUUGGCUCAGCUGCUGGUCCAGCAGUGGUUGAACAAGCUACUUUUACCUUACUGCUCGCAUUUGUGACACUGCCAUCAGACAAUUGCGAGCCUGCAAUACUCACUUUACCUCAUUGCACUUGGGACAGGUUGCUUGAAGUCAAGUCUUUCACGUUUUGGAGCAAAUCAGUAUGAUGAAAGUGAUGAGAAGGAAAAGGCUAACUUGGCCUAUUUUCUCAACAGAUUUAUCUUCUUUAUUAGCAUAGGAACUCUAGUAGCAGUUAUAUUGCUUGUAUAUGUUCAAGAGGAAUUUGAAUAAUUUUUUUUUUUUUUUUUGAGAUGGAAUUGUAUUUUUACACUCAUUUACUAAUGAAAAUGUCCAACUGGCCUUUUUUUUUUUUUUUUUUUUUUUGAAAAAUACCACCAACAAUUAUACCCAUUUUUUACAAAACCACCAACAACCCUUAUUUUUUUUUAUUUUUAUUUUUAUUUUUUUUUUUUUUUUUGUAUUGUAUUGUAUUUUACUGCCAACUAUUCUUCAAAACCUUAAAAACUACCACCAUGACGUCACUGUGGGCCCUCUAACUACCUUCUUCUUAAUUUCCCUCCUUUUCCCUCUCUAUUCUCAUGAUUCUCUCCCCUGUUCCCCAAUUACUUCCCUCUCCUUUUUUUUUCUUUUUCUUUUGCAAAUUACUUAGACAAUAAUUAGGGUUUAAAUCUGUAAUUUGUUCUUCAUCAAGCCAAUAAAAAUGCAAAAUCGAGUGCAUAAUCAUGUUAUUAGGAAGGUAUGUUUAAUUAGGGUUUUUGAAAUCAAUUUGGGGGUUUUUCAAUUGAAAUUAGGGUUUAUAAAUUACAUUUGGGGUUUUGAUUCUGGGGUUACAUUGUAUCAAUAUUGGUUCUUAUCUUGCGAUUUGUUGGUAAUUAAGGAUGCAAUUUGAUCUUUGUACGAAAUUUAAGGUUUGCCACAGUCAAUUAAAAAACAAAAAUUACCUCAAUUUUGUCCUUUCCCUCACUAACUUUCAACACUAGAAUCUAAACUUUGGUCCCCCCACUCCAAUGCAGUUGAUUUGGCUACGCUUUUG